UAGUGUUGUCUCUGGAUCUCAUCAGCACAGCACUGUGUGCGUCACAGAGUGGUGACAGCCACACUGGUCCCAGCUCAAACGCCUCUGCUGCUGCUGAUACUGAAGAGAAAGCCCAGUUAAAGGCUAGGGCAGGAGGCUGCAACCAUGACCAGCCAGCAGGACUCGGGCUUCUUUGAAAUCAGCAUCAAGUCCCUGUUGAAAUCAUUGAGUGGAACCUCACCUGUGGGGAACGGAUACAGUAAACCUCCCAACCCCCCAGUCUGCUGUCUUCAGGGAGAGAAAGGUCCGCCAGCCAUGAUGCCCAUCAGCAUUGACCCAGAGAGCAGGCCUGGAGAAUACGUCCUCAAGAGCCUCUUCGCAAAUUUCACCUCAGUGUCUGAGCGGAAGAUUCGUAUUAUCAUGGCUGAGCCACUGGAAAAACCAUUAUCAAAGUCACUACAACGGGGAGAAGAUCCUCAAUUUGAUCAGUUGAUAAGCACCAUGAGCUCACUGGCUGAGUACAGUCUUCCCUCCAUCCUGCGCACUUUGUUUGACUGGUACAAAAGACAAAAUGGGCUUGAAGAAGAGCUGCAUGAAUACCGACCAAGAGCCAACACAAAGUCUAAAAAUGAUGAGCAGCACAGAGAUUAUCUACUUGAAAGGAGAGAUUUGGCCAUUGACUUCAUCUUCUCCCUUGUACUUAUAGAAGUUUUGAAACAGAUGCCACUCUAUCCUGCCCUUGAUGGAUUGGUCAAUGAAGUCAUAAACUUGGCCUUUAGGCACUUUCGAUACAAAGAAGGAUAUCAUGGUCCUAACACUGGAAACAUGCACACUGUAGCGGACCUUUAUGCUGAAGUCAUAGGAGUGUUGGCCCAAUCCAAAUUUCCCGCAGUAAAAAAGAAGUUUAUGACUGAGCUGAAGGAGCUGCGGCAGAAAGAGCAAAGUCCAUAUGUCAUUCAGAGCACCAUCAGUCUCAUCAUGGGGGUCAAGUUCUUCCGGGUGAAAAUGUAUCCGGUCGAAGACUUUGAAGCUUCUUUUCAGUUCAUGCAGGAGUGUGCCCAGUAUUUUCUAGAAGUGAAGGAUAAGGACAUUAAACAUGCUCUGGCUGGUGUCUUCGUGGAGAUCCUGGUGCCUGUUGCUGCUGCUGUGAAAAACGAAGUAAAUGUACCCUGUCUGAGGAACUUUGUGGACAGCCUGUACGACUUAACUCUGGAUCUGUCUUCAAGAAAGAAGCACUCACUGGCCUUUUAUCCACUGGUCACCUGUCUGUUGUGUGUCAGUCAGAAGCAGUUCUUCCUUAACAGAUGGCACGUCUUCCUCAAUAACUGCCUUUCAAAUCUCAAGAGUAGAGAUCCUAAAAUGGCUCGUGUUGCUCUGGAGUCACUGUAUCGCCUGCUGUGGGUUUACAUGAUCAGAAUAAAGUGUGAAAGCAACACUGCAACCCAAGGUCGUCUGAACACCAUCGUAACAACUCUUUUCCCUAAAGGGUCUCGCAGUGUGGUGCCCAGAGACAUGCCUCUCAAUAUAUUUGUAAAAAUCAUUCAGUUUAUUGCACAGGAAAGAUUGGAUUUUGCAAUGAAAGAAAUUAUCUUUGACCUUCUCUGUGUUGGCAAACCUGCAAAAGCCUUCAGUCUUAUUCCUGAGAGGAUGAAUAUUGGUCUAAGAGCAUUUCUGGUCAUAGCUGACAAACUGCAGCAGAAGGAUGGGGAGCCUCCCAUGCCAAACACUGGUAGCUUGUUGCCCUCUGGUAACACGCUUAGAGUGAAGAAAACAUACCUGAGCAAAACCCUAACGGAUGAGGAGGCCAAAGUCAUUGGGAUGUCCCAGUAUUAUGUUCAUGUGCGGAAAGCAAUUGACAGCAUUUUAAGACACCUUGAUAAGGAGGUGGGGCGCUGCAUGAUGAUGACAAAUGCUCAGAUGUUGAAUAAGGAGCCAGAAGACAUGAUCACAGGUGAAAGGAAGCCGAAGAUAGACUUGUUUAGGACAUGUGUUGCUGCUAUUCCUCGCAUCCUGCCUGAUGGGAUGUCUAAACCUGAGCUAAUCGACUUGCUCUCUCGGUUAACAAUCCACAUGGAUGAUGAGCUUCGCCUCAUAGCCCAGAACUCCCUCCAAAGUCUGCUGGUGGAUUUUAAUGACUGGCGUGACGAUGUUCUGUUUGGAUUUACUAAUUUCCUCCUGCGUGAAGUCCAAGACACCCAUCAGGGAUUGUUGGAUAUGUCCCUCAAAUUAUUGCUGCAGCUUCUCACACAGUGGAGGAUAACACUGGCUUCUCCAGGAAAGAGCCAUGACCUAUCAAAGCUUCACGCUGCUGAGCCUCUUAAUUCUUGCCCGGGUCAUAAAACACCAGCAGAAAGAGGUCCUCACUCUACUGUGCUGCAUGCUGUGGAGGGACUGGCACUCGUACUGCUCUGCUCCUGCCAGCUUAGCACCCGCAGAGUCGCCAUCGCAAUACUUAAAGAGAUACGAAGUCUCUACAUGACCAUCGGACAGUCCGAGGAUGAUGAAAAGCCAAUGAUAGAGAUCAUGGAUCAGCUCAGCCCUGUUAUCAUGGAGAAUUUUAUCAACGUAGCUGUCUCUGAUACAGCAACACUGCCAGUUGGCCACCACGUGGACCUACAGGGCCUGGUGGAGUGGAAUGCCUCGCUUGUCAACAGCCAGUAUGACAUCAUGAGUCCCUCGCACGUGUGGCUCCUUGCCCAGUCUGUGAAGGACCCCUGGGUGCUGUGUGUGUACAGCCUCCUUCGGCAGGACAAACUUCCAAAGCACUGCCCCACAGCUCUUAGCUAUGCCUGGCCCUAUGCCUUCACUCGACUGCAGAUGCUCAUGCCCCUGGUUGACCCAAACAGUCCAAUGAAUGCAAAGAAGACUGUCCCCUCUGGAAGUGGGGACAACUAUGUAACCUUAUGGAGAAACUACCUGAUUCUUUGCUUUGGCGUGGCCAAGCCCAGUAUCAUGAGCCCCGGCCAUCUGAGAGCAUCGACACCUGAGAUCAUGACUUCCACGCCUGACAGCUCUGUCAGCCACGAUAACAAGGUUAUUGGAAGUCCAUCUGUGGCUUGGCUCCUAAAGCAGCUGGUCCCACUGAUGAGAACAGAGAGCCUUGACCUGACAGAGUCAUUAGUUCUGGGCUUUGGUCAGACAAAUCUAUUAGUAUUCAGGGAGCUUGUGGAGGAGUUACAUCCACUCAUGAAAGAGGCACUAGAAAGAAGACCUGAGAACAAGAAGCGGCGUGAGCGGCGAGACUUGCUGAGACUGCAGUUGCUUCGCAUCUUUGAGCUUUUGGCUGAUGCUGGUGUUAUCAGUGACAGCACAAAUGGAGCACUGGAACGCGACACCCUUGCCCUCGGUGCUCUUUUCCUGGAAUAUGUAGAUCUAACUCGGAUGCUACUUGAAGGUGAAAAUGAUAAAGAGGCAGAGAUCCUAAAGGACAUCCGAGCACACUUUAGUGCAAUGGUGGCCAAUUUCAUCCAGUGUGUACCAGUGCACCAAAGGCGAUUCCUGUUUCCACAACAGAGCCUUCGGCAUCACCUCUUUAUCCUCUUCAGCCAGUGGGCAGGCCCCUUUAGCAUCAUGUUCACCCCUCUGGACCGCUACAGUGACAGAAAUCAUCAGAUAACGAGAUAUCAGUAUUGUGCUUUGAAGGCCAUGUCUGCUGUUCUCUGCUGUGGUCCUGUCUUUGAUAACGUUGGCCUUUCUCAAGACGGAUAUCUUUAUAAGUGGCUGGAUAAUAUACUGGCCUGCCAGGAUCAGAGGGUCCAUCAGCUAGGCUGUGAAGUUGUCAUCUUGCUAUUGGAGCUAAACUCGGACCAGGUUAACCUUUUCAACUGGGCCGUGGAUCGCUGCUACACCGGCUCCCACAAGCUUGCCUCGGGUUGCUUUAAAGCAAUUGCAACAGUUUUAGCCAGCAGCAAAAACUACCCAUGUGACAUUGUUACACUGCUGAAUCUGGUCCUCUUUGAAGGAUCUAGCACCAACAGGCAACUCUAUGAGAUUGCAAUGCAGCUUAUGCAGAUUCUUGAAGAUAAGUUAUUCAUGUACUCUAAGAAGAUUGCAGAGCUGAAACCAACUAACAUCCUGUAUGGCACCCAUGGUCCAUUGCCUCCUCUCUACAGUCUAUCACUACCACAACUCUCUGCUCAGCUAGCUAGGAUGUAUCCUGAGCUCACGCUUCCCUUGUUUUCAGAGGUCAGCCAGAGGUUUCCAACCACUCAUUCAAAUGGGAGGCAGAUCAUGCUAACCUACCUCCUUCCCUGGCUCGGUAACAUUGAACUGGUGGAUAAUGGUUUGCUGCUUCCCGUCUUAACACCAACAAUCCCCAUCUAUGAGUCCUCCUGUGAGCUGGCCAGCACAGAUUCCUCUCUACCGCUAAAAGGGACUGGCUGGGGAUCUCUGCAAGCCACAUCAAUGGUUCUCAAUAACCUAAUGUUCAUGACAGCCAAGUAUGGAGAUGAUCUACCUGGACCAGAGAUGGAAAAUGUCUGGAAUGCUUUAGUCAGCAAUGAGAAAUGGAGCAACAAUCUGAGAACCACCCUGCAGUUCAUUAUCAGCCUGUGUGGUGUCAGCAGUGACACCCCCCUUCUCCCAUACAUCAAGAAGGUGGUCAUCUAUCUUUGCCGAAACAAGACAAUGCAAACCAUGGAGGAGUUAUUAUUUGAGUUACAGCAAACAGAUCCUGUCAACCCUGUGGUACAACACUGUGACAGCCCUCCUUUCUAUCGCCUCACUGCCACAAGCAAAACCUCUGCUGUGGCUUCAGGGACCACAUCAAGCAGCAACACCAUUGUAGCUGGCCAGGAAAACUUUCCUGAGACAGAUGAUAUAAAGUCCAUAAAAGAGAGUGAAGAGAGGCUUGGUCACAAAAUGAGAGCGCACAACCGACUGGAGUCACGUUACAGUAACAGUUCAGGAGGAUCUUAUGAUGAAGAGAAAAGUGAACCUCUGCCACCUUAUGUGGAUUGGCUGACAUUUGUUAUUGAAACAAAUAAGCCCCACCCUCUGCCAAUGCCACUCAAUGGAGGAUGCUGGGCACCACUGGUGGACUAUUUACCAGAAACCGUCACUCCCAGAGGACCAUUGCACAGGUGUAAUGUCGCAGUCAUCUUCAUGACAGAGCUGGUUGUUGACCACGGUGUGCGAGAGGACUGGAACUUGCACCUGCCUUUAAUCCUCCAUGCUCUGUUUUUGGGCCUGGAUCACUAUCGCCCAGAGGUUUUUGAGCACAGCAAACGUCUCCUCCUUCACCUCCUCAUCACAUUGUUUGGUAACAACGACAACUUUCAGGCUGUUGCAUCAGUUUUACUGCAGACACGGGAAGUUAAUGUCAUCAAGACCCUCACUUGCAAAUCCAGCCUUCAGAUGGAAUAUUCACCUGCAGGUGGCUGUGAUUUCCUGCGGGAGUGUCAGGCAUCUCCGGUGCCGGACUCUGGUCUGAGCUCUUCCUCCACCUCCUCCAGCUUGAGUCUGGGAAGCAGCAGCAGCAGCAACCUGCCAGAGAUCACACAAGACAUGGAGGAGUUUGUCAGCUCCUGCAAAAUGAAUGAGAAAAGCAAUAAGCUAAUAGAGUUUUUAAUAACAAGACCAUAUGGACCACUGUGGUGUCAUGAAGACAUUUCCCCAAAGAGCCAAAUUUCUAAAAGCACUGGACAACUGACAAACUUCUUGAGGCAUGUGAUUUCUGUUUUUAAGGAGCACAAGUCAGAUAACUUUUUGGAGCAGCAGCUUAGUGAGGUGGCCCUGCAGACGGCUCUGUGUAGUUCAUCCCGGCACUACGCCAGUCGGUCCUUUCAGGUUUUUAGAGCCCUUCGUCAACCCAUUUCUGCUAACGCCGUUUCAGACCUGCUUUCGAGGCUGGUGGAAGUCAUUGGUGAACACGGAGAAGAAGUCCAAGGAUACGUAAUGGAGGUAUUACUCACUCUGGAAUCUGUUGUGGACAACUUGGCCGAUUGCCUGAAAAACAAUGAUCUCAUGGCUUUCUUCACAAGAGAAUCCUCUCCAGAUUUCCUCACAAGUUUUAAACAGAGGUUGAACAGAAAGAGCACAGGGCAGCUUGGCCCCCGGAGAGACGAACAGAGCAGGCAUCAGAGGAGCUCUUCUGUCCCAAAAAAGUUUGGAGAAGCCGACAGAAGUUCUGAUCUUCCUCGCAGUGCCACUCUGGACCGCAUCCAAGCCUGUGAACAACAAGUUCAGUUAGCCAGGAUGCGCCGCUCCUCUUCAUCCAAAGACAACAAAAAUGACCCAAUGAGCAUAAACCACCCCAGCAACUUGCUGGCCACCAUCUUCUGGGUUGCAGUGUCGUUGAUGGAGUCAGACUUUGAGUUUGAGUACCAGAUGUCUCUGAGGCUGCUGAAUAAGCUGCUGGCCAACAUGUCGCUGGACAAGCAGGAAUACCGGGAGAAGCUGGAGAAUCUCCAGAGCCAGUUGAAUUGGAGCAGCUUCACUGGGCUACAGCAGCUUCUGUUAAAGGGCUUCACGUCUACAUCCACCACUGACAUCACGCUUCAACUCUUCUGUCAACUCACACCUGUGUCCAGGGUUCCUGUAGUAGAUACAUCACAAGCCAUAGGUUUUCCCUUGAACGUUCUCUGCUUGCUCCCACAUCUGGUGCAGAACUUUGAUGCACCAUCACCUUUUUGUCAGGACGUUGCUGAGAAGAUAGCUCAGUUGUGCCUAGAGGAGAAGAAUGCCAAGUUAUCCAACCUUGCUCAUGUCAUGACUCUGUAUAAAACCCACUCCUACACACGAGACUGCUUCUCUUGGGUCAACGUGGUGUGUCGGUAUCUCCAUGAGGCUUUCUCAGACAUCACUCUGAACCUGGUCACUUACAUGGCAGAGCUGUUGGAAAAGGGACUACCCUGCAUGCAGCAGACACUGUUACAGAUAAUCUACAGCCUUCUGAGUCACAUGGAGCUGAGUGGAAUUCAAGCCAAACCCUUCAACAUAGAGGUCCUCAAGACAAUUGAAAAGUUUGUGCAGACGGCCCAUUGGAGGGAGGCGUUGAAUAUCUUGAAGCUGGUGGUUUCUCGAUCGGCUAGUUUGGUGCAGCCUUCACUACAACAAAGUGACUUCUCCUAUGAAGACAUCAGCCGCAUUUGGGAUCGCUCUUCCAAAGCCUUACCCGGAAAAACACUGGAUUUUCAAUUUGAUAUCUCUGAGACGCCAGUGAUUGGUAGGCGUUAUGACGAUCUCAAGCGCUCCAUGGGUCAUGAUGUGAAGAGCACGACCACAGCUGUGACCCAUAGCACUUCCUCCACCUCUUCGGGAUCCAAUGCCAACAACGUCCUGGUUCCAGUCAGCUGGAAAAGACCUCAUUCUUCACAGAAACGAACAAGAGAAAAGCUGGUGCAUGUAUUGUCCCUUUGUGGCCAGGAAGUGGGACUUACAAAAAAUCCUUCGGUUAUUUUCUCUAGUUGUGGAGAACUGGACCUGAUUGAACACCAGCCUAGCCUGGUGUCCUCUGACGAGGGAACACGCGAACUGGAAAACAUGGACGACACCACCUCAGAGCAGCAGUUCAGAGUUUUCAGAGACUUCGACUUCCUGGAUGUUGAGCUUGAAGAUGGAGAGAGCGAGACUGUGGAUAACUUUAACUGGGGUGUGCGUCGGCACUCUAUGGACAGUUUGGACCAAAGUGACUUGCAGCCUCUUGAGGAGAGUCAGUUGUCCAGCAGCAUGCCAAGCCUCAGCAAAAUUACCCAUGAAGACUCUGAAGAAUCAUCUGAGGAGGAUUCCCUUACAGCCAGCCAGAUACUUUCCCACUCUCAGAUUACUGUCAGCCUUUCUCCAACCCCAGAGAUCAGUAGCACGGAUACUCCCUCCUCUGCUUUUGACACACCCUCAGCAAAUUCAACCCCUCUGGGCUCCAAAAAUCCCAGUUUCGAGGUCCAACUGUCAGAGGACUCGAAGCAGCGGCAUGAAGCUUCACAAGAUGAUGAAGAUAGUAACGUACAUGAGGACAACCUCUUUCUCUCUAUGGACGAACUGCCCCCUGAAUAUCAAUAUGGGGAAAAUUCAAGCAUCAGUGUAGCGUUUAAUGAUUACAAAGAAGAGCUGGACCUGAACUGCUGCUUACCCAGUCUUCCUGAAGAGGAGAAAGACGACACGUUGGAGUUGCGUUCUUCACCUCCACCAUCGCCCUUCUUCUCUGCCAUCCUUGCCGCUUUUCAGCCGAAAGUGUGCGACGAUGCAGAGGAAGCCUGGCGAAGUCACAUCAACCAGCUUGUCUCAGACUCAGAUGGCUCCUGUGCAGUUUACACUUUUCAAGUGUUUUCGUCACUGUUUCAGAGUAUCCAAACCAAAUUCUGUUCGUUGACGUGCGAUGCUGUGAGUUACUUUAGCGAUGGCCUGAGAGGAUUAGGAUCAAAGUUCCUCAGAUCCUCUGAGGUUCUGGCAUCCUGCUCCGAGUGCCCUACUGUAUUCAUUGAUGCUGACACAAUUAUGUCCUAUGGACUUCUGGAAAAAAUGAAAUUUAGCGUGCUGGAACUUCAAGAAUAUCUUGACACUUACAACAACAGAAAAGAGGCAGCAAUCACUUGGUUAAACAGCUGUAAGGCCACCUUUCCAAGGACUGCUGGGGUCCCAGUCACAUGCCAACCAGGAGAGCAUGAGGAAAAGCAAUUGGAGCUCUGUCAAAGACUCUACAAACUCCAUUUUCAGUUGUUGCUGCUUUUUCAGUCUUAUUGCAAGCUGAUUGAUCAGAUCCAUGCAAUAAAUUCAGUUCCAGAGCUCACAAGUAUGUCCAGAGAGCUUAAUGAAUUGAAGAGGAACCUGACGGAAGCAGCAGUCUCAGCAACAAAUGAUAAUAUUUCAACAUUUGACACUUCCUGCUCUGAGACCAUCAUGAGCUCCUCUGAAGCUGCUGUUCAGGCCAUCCUCGAGAGCCUAAAGAGCAAUGAGUUUCUAAAAUCAAUUACCUAUAUUCGGGAGUGCAGAACAUUGUGGCCUAAUGACAUCUUUGGCAGCCCCUCUGAGGAUGAGAUCCAAACUUUACUCAACAUUUACUUCAGACACCAAACCUUGGGUCAGACGGGAACGUUUGCUUUGGUGGGUUCAAAGCAGGACCUGACGGAAAUUUCUCUCAGGCUAAUGGAACUCAACUGUGAGACUCGGGACAUGGUCCAACGAGCCCAAGGCUACAAAGCUAUUACAGCCUUUCUCCCGGACUCCAGGGUUUCAGGCUCAACUCUCUGAUGGCGGUGUGCUACUUUUGCCGAACCCUGCAUCACCCCAAACUUUACUACCUUGUCUGAGGCAGCUGCUAUUAUUUCAGACAUUAACAAAAACUCUCUUCUCCUUUUGCAGAGAUAACCAAAACCUUGGAUCCUUCCUUUUUCUUUGAGAAUCUAAAUUAUCUUGCGAUUUUUAGACAUGCAGCAAUAACAUUUAAAAAUGGUUUACUUAACUGUUGUAUCACAUUUGUUCUAUUCUUGCAAAAUAAUGCAAUCUGUUAAACAGCAAACAUUUGCUACUAGGGGAAACAACUGUUCCAUUUAACCAAUAGCAUACGAAAGUGAAGGGAUUCUGUACCAGUUGUGUAAAUUUAAUUGUCAAGGGAAAAUGUGCAAUCCUUUACUGAAGUGGAAGACCUCUCUGUCUGCUGAAAGAAUGUAUUGGAAAACACUGUCAGAAGAUGGUAAAGGGAGGCGUCAAUAUCUUAUUGUGUUAAUUCCUUUGUGUGUUUGUGUGUGCUGAAACGUAUUGGUUGAGCAUGAGUGUGUGAAUUAAAUUAUGACGACGAUCACGGAUGGAAUUAUUGAUUCCGAUUUGUAUGAGCGGUUUGUGUUAAAGUACUCUGACUUGGUGCAGUCUACUGUAAUGUCAAACCUGCAGCUACCAUGUGGGUUAUCUGUUAUUACAAAUAUCUUACUGUACCUUUUAAGUGAGUAGCAUUUUUUUUUUUAGAUAUGUCUAUUAUUUAUAUUUCAUGCAAGAGAAAAUAUGCUUUCAUCAUCUAGAUUUAUAGAAAUAUAUAUAUUUUGUUUAACUGGUUAUUCCUGCCAAGCUUGCAUAUUUUAUGCACUAUAAAACAAAUACUAUGAGCAUCACUACCAGUCAAAAGUUUGAGGACAACUUGCUGUAUGGGCAACUGUGGCUCAGUCGGUACAGUUGACAUAAUGCAAUUGGAAUAUUGUAGGGUUUCAUUCCUUCAGGCAAGGCACUUAACCUCAAGCCGCCAGAAAUUUGCAUAUGUGUGUAUGAAUGUGUGCCCGUUAGUGAGCUUGAUUAGGUAGAUGUGGUUGCUCAGUGCUUUGCAUGUUAUGUAAAUUCAGUUCUAUUACAUUGUUGUUCAGUGGGAAUGUGUUAAAUAUGUCCAAACUUUUGCCUGGAAGUGUAUAUAUCUAGAAAUAUUUUGACUGACGGUUAAUUUGUAAAUAGAGAAAUUGGGACUUUGUAUGUUAGAUUGUAUUUUUAUGAAGGCGAAUUUUAAGUUGCACAAAAAAUUGGUAUUUACAUAUUCAUAAAGAUUCCAAAAUUUCUGUUGAACCCUUUUUUCCUGUAUAUACUGUCUGUUUAGUCAAUUAUUCUUUUGUUUUCUGUAAACUUAUGUAACAAUAAAAUAUAAAUUUGUUAGCUAAAGGCUUCUAUUGCCAUUUGUGGAAGAAAACAGCUUUUUAGACUACAUAGAUCUCUUGUAACCG